UCCAUGAGCCCGUGAGCCUGCGGGCAGGUGCCCGGUGAUGGCGCGGCCCGUGAGCGACAGGACCCCGGCCCCCCUGCUGCUGGGCGGCCCAGCCGGGGCCCCCCCUGGCGGGGGAGCGCUGCUUGGGCUACGGAGCCUUCUGCAGGGGACCAGCAAACCCAAAGAGCCAGCCAGCUGUCUCCUGAAGGAAAAGGAGCGCAAGGCGGCUCCGCCGGCAGCCACGGUCCCCGGGCCGGGCCUGGACACGGCGGGCCCGGCGGAUGCCCCAGCUGGGGCGGUGGUGGGCGGCGGGUCCCCUCGGGGGCGCCCGGGGGCCGCGCCUGGACCGGGUCUUUUGGCGCCGCUGCUGUGGGAGCGGACGCUGCCGUUCGGCGACGUGGAGUACGUGGACCUGGACGCCUUCUUGCUGGAGCACGGGCUUCCGCCCAGCCCGCCGCCCCCCGGCGGCCCAUCACCGGCGCCCUCUCCGGUGCGCACGCCCGCACCCUCCCCGGGGCCCGGUUCCUGCGGCUCAGCUUCCCCUCGUUCCUCCCCAGGGCACGCCCCCACCCGGGCUGCCCUCGGGGCCGCGGGCGGCCACCGCGCAGGUCUGACCUCUCGGGACACACCCAGCCCAGUGGAUCCAGACACCGUGGAGGUGCUGAUGACAUUUGAACCCGACCCAGCCGAUUUAGCCCUGUCAAGCAUUCCCGGCCACGAGACCUUUGACCCUCGGAGACAUCGCUUCUCAGAGGAGGAGCUUAAGCCCCAGCCCAUCAUGAAGAAGGCCCGGAAGAUCCAGGUGCCGGAGGAGCAGAAGGACGAGAAGUAUUGGAGCCGGCGGUACAAGAAUAACGAGGCAGCCAAGAGGUCCCGAGACGCCCGGCGGCUCAAGGAGAACCAGAUAUCGGUACGGGCGGCCUUCCUGGAGAAGGAGAACGCCCUGCUGCGGCAGGAAGUCGUGGCCGUGCGCCAGGAGCUGUCCCACUACCGCGCCGUGCUGUCCCGCUACCAGGCCCAGCACGGAGCCCUGUGAGGCCGUCCCCCGCCCCUGCCCGGCGGCCUCGCUCAGACUUGCGCCCUGACGCCCUCUUCCCUCCCCGCCGUGUGGCCCACCGGCCGGCCAGCUGGGUGCCCCAGGGACGUGAUGAUGCAGAUAAAUACAUUUAUAUUUUUAAGAAAAAGCGAGCCUCCCCCCUCCCUCGCGGGGGCGGGGAGGGUCCUCUGUGUGUGCCCCUGCCACUUCGGGGACCCCAUCCUCCCACUGCCUCCGUUAACACAUCCUGAAUAAAUCUUGAGAACCCCAGAGCCAGCUGUUGUGGGGGAGG